AUGGCUCUUCAAUUCGAAGGCAAGGUCGCGAUCGUAACAGGCGGGAACUCAGGCAUCGGUGCCGCCACAGUCGCCCUCCUCGCGGCCCAAGGCGCCCAAGUCGCCAACCUCGACCUUGCCGACGCACCCACUAAUCCCAACCAAGAUUCGGUCACAUACUACCAGUGCGAUGUCUCCUCCAACGACGCCGUCGUAGAGAUUGUCGACGCCAUCUUCACCAAGUUCGGGCACAUCGAUAUCCUAAUCAACAACGCCGGCGUAAUGGACGACUUCUCCCCCACCGCCUCUGUGACCGACGCCGCCUGGACCAAAGUCCUCAACAUCAACCUCAACGGCCCUUUCCACCUGAUCCGCGCUGUAAUCCCCUACAUGCUCAGAAACGACCCGAAGCCUCCCGCCAACGCUGCCCCUUCCUUCAAUUUCCGCGGCGAGCAAGGCCCUCCCCGUACCCCAUCCAAGGGCAGCAUAGUAAACCUCUGCUCCACCGCCAGCAAGCACGGCGCAGCGCCGGCACAGCCUACACGGUCUCCAAACACGCUCUCCUCGGCCUCUCCCGCAGCACGGCGUGGAUGUACCGCGAGCAAGGAAUCCGCUGCAACGCCGUCUUACCAGGCGGAGUAG